CAGGGACCGGGAAGAGAGAGCUUUCGGUCCAACUCGGCGAAGACUGCAAGGAAGGAAGGAAGGAAGUUUCACCAGCUCCUCAAAGUCGAUCCACACGCAGAAAAAAAAUGCAGCGAGCCGCUGACGGGUUCGGAUGUCUGGCGGUUUUGGUGGCGCUCGCCGCCUGCAGCGCGCCCCUGGUUCCGUUAGACGACAUUGUGAUCGAGAAGACUUUCGUGCCCGAGAAGUGCGCGCGCGCCGUCAACCCGGGCGACUACGUCCGGUACCACUACAACGGCAUGUUCCCGGACGGCAAGAAGUUCGACUCCAGUUACGACCGCGGCAGCACCUACAACGUUUUCGUGGGCAAGGGGCAGCUGAUCCAGGGCAUGGACAAAGCUCUGGCGGGCAUGUGCGUAAACGAGAGGCGGCUGGUCAAAAUCCCGCCGCACCUCGCCUACGGGAAGAAGGGAUACGGCGACAUGAUCCCGGCGGACGCCAUCCUCCAUUUCGACGUGCUGCUGCUGGACGUGUGGAACUCUGAGGACGGCGUGCAGAUCGACACCUACCGCACCCCCGCCGUCUGCGCCCGCAAGGUGGAGGUGUCCGACUACGUGCGCUACCACUACAACGGCACGCUGCUCGACGGGACGCUUUUUGACUCCAGCCACACCCGCAUGCGGACGUACGACACCUACGUGGGCAUCGGCUGGCUGAUCGCCGGCAUGGAUCAGGGCCUGCUGGGGAUGUGCGUAGGCGAGGGGCGCGUCAUCACCAUGCCGCCAUCGCUCGCGUACGGAGAGAACGGAGACGGUAGCGACAUCCCGGGUCAGGCGUCCCUGGUGUUUGACGUGGUCCUGCUGGACCUGCACAACCCCAGUGAUGGCAUCGCCAUCACCAACCGGCAAGUGCCCGAGCCGUGCCCCCGCAAGUCGGUGGAGGGAGACUUUGUGCGCUACCACUACAACGGAAGCCUCCUCGACGGCACCUUCUUCGACUCCAGCUACUCUCGUAACCGCACAUACGACACCUACGUGGGUCGUGGCUACGUGAUCGCCGGCAUGGACGAGGGUCUGCUCGACGUGUGCAUGGGUGAGCGGCGCACCAUCACCGUCCCGCCGCACCUGGCCUACGGCGAGGAGGGCACCGGCUCCAAGAUCCCGGGCUCGGCCGUGCUGGUUUUCGACGUGCACAUAAUCGACUUCCACAACCCGUCGGACGGCGCCGCCGUGACGGUCGCCAGCAAGCCGGACGCCUGCGACAAGCUGACCAAGAAGGGCGACUUUGUCAAGUAUCACUACAAUGCCACGCUCAUGGACGGCAGCCCCAUCGACUCCACGUACAACUACGGGAAGACGUACAACAUCGUACUGGGUGCCAACCAGGUGGUGCCCGGGAUGGAAGAGGGGCUGCUGGGAAUGUGCGUGGGCGAGCGCAGGCACCUCAUCGUCCCCCCGCACCUCGGAUACGGAGAACAAGGAGUCGUUGACGAGGUUCCGGGAAGUGCGGUUCUGGUGUUCGACGUUGAGUUGAUAGAAAUGGAGGACGGACUCCCCGAAGGCUACAUGUUCAUCUGGAACGAGGAGGUGGGCGACGACCUCUUCACCGAGAUGGACAAGGACAAGAACGAGCAGGUGGAACCUUCCGAGUUCAGCGACUACAUCCUGCGGCAGGUGAAUGAAGGCAAAGGCCGCCUGGCGCCCGGUUUUGACCCGCAGCGCAUCAUUGACAACAUGUUCAACAACCAGGACCGCGACGGCGACGGCAAGAUCACCGCCGCCGAGUUCAGGCUCAAAGCCGACGAAGCUGCCGGGCAUGACGAGCUAUGACGGGACUCGGAGAGACCAGGAGAC